AUGGAGCGCGAUCGGGGCCCGCGGGGCUCGGCGGUGGACCUGGGCUUCGGGGCGCUCAGCACCGCGCAGCUCCGCGCCCUCAUGCGGGACGAGACGUGGCUGGAGCGCAUCGUCAAGCUGAGCAGGAAGGUAAGCCCAGGAUCGGGACCCCCGAGGAGGAGAGGAUCGGGCCCCUGGGAGGGAGAGGUGGGACGGGGGGGGUGUCGCAUCCUGCCUCUUUUUUGCACGCAUCGCUUGGAUAGCAUGCAUCGGGGUGCAUAUCCCAGCCCCCUCCCGGUCCAAACAUGUAACCGACCCCCACCCCACCCCGCCAUCCAUCUAAUCCCCCCCCCCGCCAAUUAAAACACCCACAGCACACAAAGGGGGCACCGAUGCCCCCAUCAGGCCUGCCACUGCCCUCCUCUGGGGCCGUGCCACACACCCCAAAACCCUAUUGCAGAGAGGGUGCCCGCUGAUGAGGGGGGCAUGGCAUGGGGGGGCGCAGUGCCAAUCCAGCCAGGCCUGUGCUUGGUGCCCAGAGACGGUGUCCAGCACCACCACUGACGGCCUUUCCACAGAGGCUUGUGGCUAUGACCCCCCAAAACACCCCAUGCCCAUGCCCCCCAAAUGUGCAAUCCUGUGGGGCAAACCAGCCGCUCCCUGACUGCCUCCCAACCUGGCCGAUGUGCCUCUCCAUCUUACCCCCCAAUCCAAUUUUUUGGGGGACCAUAAUGCCCCCCACUUACCUUCAAAGCUCCUACCAGGACACCCCAAACAAAUUUGAGCACAGCUGCUGUUUCCUUGGCACCCCACUUCCUCAGUUACCCACCCCCCCCUAUCAAAAUAGAUGCUACCGAGUGCUUUUGCACCGUGAUUUUAAUAUUCUGCUGCUUCCCCAGACACCUGUCACUUGGACCCCCCUCCCCCAAAAAUUAACCGCCCCCUUGCAGCAGUUUUUGCAAAGGCUCCUUCUUUGUUAUCUCUAUGCCACUGGCGAUACCAGUUGAGGGUCGAGGUGUGUGUGUGUGAGGGAGGCUGCAAGGGCCUGGAUGCUUUGUCUGGGUGGGUGGGGAGCCUCCAUCCUGGGGUGCCCCCUCCUUCCCCUCCAAAACCAGCCCCAAUGCUCACAAUCGCAAACCCACGCACCCUCCCCGCACACCCCUGUCUGUUUUGUUUUUCUGCACCCUUAGGAAGGGAGUUUGGGAUCCAUCCAAGGCUCCCUGAAUCAGCCAGAGGAUUUAUUUUUAUUUUAUUUGGGGGAGGUGGCUGUUGCUGUCUGUAUUGUUUGCAGGGUGGGUGGGUGGGCUUGCCAAAUAAUUGCCAGAGCCUUUCAUACAUUUGGAUCACGGAUGGCGUAGGGUUUUGCCUUUCCGACAGAGAGCCAUGGAAACAAAGGACAUCCUCUUUUUUGUUUUUGGCCAACCCCUACUAAAUCUAACUAGCCUCCUCCCCGUUCCAGGAAUCCCACCCCCCGCCUCCUAAUUCUGGCUCCCCAAAACCUUUACAGGCCCACUCAAUUUUGUGUCCACCCCCACCCCCAUCCAGACACGUCACAGACUGCUCUUGCUGUCCAUUCUCCCAAGAAUACGUCGGGUCUGUUUAUCUCAGAAAGGCACCUUCGCCUCGCGACCCUGGGAAGCAGGAGAUCCCCCCCCCACACCGUUUCCUGGAUUUGUCCCGGGUUAACUGCUCUGGAAUAACUGUUUCUCUGUGGGGUGCCCCACGAGGGUUUCAGAGGACCCCAGGACCAUCCCUGUGUGGUCCCACAACUCCGCCCCACUCAGUGCCUCAGAGAGGCUCCCAAAUGGGGCCUGGGUGUAGAAAGGAUUCCACAUCAUGUGGACAUUUAGCCAGGAUUAAAACUGGGGUGGGUGAUGCAAGGCCCUGUCUGCCCACCCUGGUUGUUGGGGGGGGACCUAAACAAAGCCUUGUAGCAGGCAUCAUACUUGCAAUGCUAUUUGAGAAUUGCUUAAAGAAUUGUUGCUCUGUGCAGUGUGUCAUCUUGGAAGAAUUAGACGCGUCUUCGGGGGGGGAGAGUCCAGAUGCCAUCUUGCUCUGAGGCUCAGUCAGGGCAGCAGGUUAGGCAGAGGUGGGCACCGUCGCAGUUUCUCAUUGGCCCUGCUGCAAACUCAAGAGCGCUGAGCGGAUCUAGCUGUUGGAUAUGGGUUGGUGGAGCAGAGAAGCAUCCCGCUCUGACCCAUCUGAUGAAAGUGAAUGUUGGGAGGUUUGGGACAGAUAAGAGGAAGUCCUUCCUGCGUUGCGUGGUUAAACUAUGGAACUCACUUCCACAGGGGGCCACCAACUCGGGUGGCUUUUAAAGAGAAUUAGACAAAUUCAUGGAGGACAAUAAAGCUAUCGAAGGCUACUCGCCACGGCAGGGCUAUGCUGUGCCUCCAGAGUUGGAAACUCUGUUGCUGGGAACAGCAAGAGGGGAGAGGGCUCUUGCUUGUGGGCUUCCCAUCAGGGCGUCUGGUUGGUCACUGUGAGAAUGGGAUGCUGAGCCAAAUGGGCCCCCUUUGGCCUGAUCCAGGCCUCCUCUUGUGUUUGUUAAGCAGAUGUAGCUGGUUUCUUCCACACAGGGGCUCCGAAGCCACUGUUGCUUGCCUGAGCCACGAGAACUUAAGGUUUCAGAAACAGGAGCCUUAAAGACCCCAGAAUGUUCAUAGCUUGGGCAAGGACAGGAGAGAGCUGGGAGCCUGCUCUGAGGAGAGAUGUUGUCAUUGUCUGUGACAGUUGUGAUAGUCAGCAGUUUAGAAUCUAAACUUUAGUUGCCUUGUGGCACAGAGACAUUCUGUCCGGUUAUCCUUGUAAAGUCGCAGCUUGCUUCUUAUCCCCAUAUUGCAGAAAGGAAAACUGAGGCUGAGUGGUGAUUAUUUACCCAAAGGCACCACUAAGUGAGUUCAUGGGUGUUAGAUAAAAAUCCUCUCUGUUCACAGUUUUAGCCAUACUGCAUGGUUCUUCUUCCUGUUGUUUUAUAAUUAAGUUUAUUGGUUUACUCCUCCAUCCAUCCUCUCCCCCACCCCGUGGGCUCUCUGUUAUGAAGCAGGGCCUUUGUAUUGGUGGCUCCACUGCUCUAGAGCUUGGCUUUCCCUGUCUGUGAAGGGACGCCCUUGUUUCCUCCAGCUUUGAAUUGUUUUGGUCGCCGGCAUAUUACAAAAACCUACUUGACGUCUGCCAAGACUGUGUCGGUCUGCCAUUAAAGAUUGCAUUCUGCUCUGGAUAGGAGCUGUUUAUGGCACAAAAGCUUUUAAUAAGUUUAAAAACCAGUCCAUCAAUUUAAUAUCAAUAACACAACACCAUCAAUGUGCCUGGCACUUUGAGAAGAGGUCCCUGCCCCAUGGACCAAACAGUUGCACCAUUUGCAAGAAACAGAGGAUGGCCGAGCCGCAGAAAAGGUGCCUGGUGAGCAAACAGGUAGCUCAAGCAAGUUAGUCAAGCCGCAUACUGCAGAGGAUUGCAAGGCCAAUCCUUUGUUGUUGUUGUUGUCGUUGUUGUUAUAUUUAUAUCCUGCCUUUUCCCCAGACAGGGAUUCAAGGCAGCUUACACAAAUUAAAACAAGACAGAUAAAGCACAGAAGGCUAAAAUCAUAUAAAAGAUGAUAGUUAAAAAGUAAUUAAGCUCUAACAAAACAAUAUAAAAACAGAUCUAAUAAAAUACAGAUGUGGCACUAUUUAAAAGCCCUUUUCUUUAAACAGCCGGUUCCCCAAAAAGCCUGUUGGAAUGAAGCGGUCUUCAUCUGCUGGCGGAAGUGCAACAAAGAGGGAGCGAGUUUGGUUUCUCUAGGGAGGGAGUUCCUCAGUCUGGGGGCAGCCACUGACAAGACCAGGCACCCCCAAACUUGGCCCUCCAGCUGUUUUGGGACUACAAUUCCCAUCAUCCCUAGCUAACAGGACCAGUGGUUAGGGAUGAUGGGAACUGUAGUCCCAAAACAUCUGGAGGGCCAAGUUUGGGGGUGCCUGGACAAGACCUUUUCCCACAUCCCCACGAAGCGUCCCUGUGAGGCUGAGAGAAGAGCCUCUGUAUGGCUUCCCCCAUCCUGCACACCAACUAGACUAGUAGCCGAAAACAACCAAACUCAGCCUCACCCACCUACCCUAAAAUAUUAUUCCUCCAGCCGUGGAGGCAGAGCAUAAGCCAUCCUGUCAAAUAGCCAUUGAUAGCUUUAUUCUCCUCCUUGAAUUUAUCCAGUCCUCUUUUAAAGCCAUCCAAAUUGGUGGCCAGCCCUGCGUCUUCCUGUGGGAGGGAGUUCCACAGUUUAACGCUGUCUGUCUGUCUGUCUGUUGCAGUUCCAGAACUUGCAGCUGGAACGGGAGAGGCGCCUGGCCUCCAACUACGCCUUGGCGAAGCAGAACCUUGCACUGCAACCACGGCUGGAGAACGGCAAGGCCUCCCUGGCCAUCAAGUAUCAGGAGCUGAGGGAACUGCGGGAGACAUGCCGGGACAAGCAGCAGCGGCUGGGUGAGCCCCCUCCCCCCAUAGCCAAGCCUGGCAGCCAUCUUUCUUUGAGCCUCGCCUGACCCCUCUUUCCGGUUGUCUGCCAGCUGUGGCUCUCUGCACGGAAGGGGAAUUCUGCACAUGCUUUUGUGACUUAUUUGCUGUUUAUUUCCUAACGCUUCUAAACCGCCUCCUUGUAGAAAACCUCAGAGCCGUUUGCAAAAAGAAUAAAACUGUAAGAUUAUUAGUAAAAACUGCUAAGACAUUAAAAGAAAAAUAAAACCAGCAAUAAACUAAAAACACACCAACACUGUAAACAACUGACCAGGCUCGUUUAAACAAAAAAUGUCUUUAGCAGGGGAAAGAGUGCAGCAAAGGCACCUGCCUGAUCUCAAUAGGCAGGGAAUUCCAAAGGGUAGGAAUUAGAGUUGAGCUCCAGGCUGGGCUUUGUCAGAUUGGUGUGUCCCAUGAGCAGGGCUGCCUGACCUCCAGGGCUCACCUGAAGUCUGCAGGUUGGGCUGGCCCAGGUGGCAGGGGAAGCUGGCUGCAAAUUAUUGCAUAGAUUCUCUAGGGUGGGAGUCUGCCCUUCCUUCUCCCCUCUCCCAAUUAACCUCCAUCUCCAGGGCUCAGUGGUAGGAGGGAGCACAGAGGAAGAACCACCAGGGGCCGCCCCCUGUGAUAUCACCCUAACUCUCAGCUUUGGGUCCUGAAAUCUCAGCUUCUGGGAUGCUCCUGACCCAGUGACCCUAUCCUUGAGCCACGCUGGCAUCCUAGAAUAGCAUGUCAUAGCCUCUUCCUACUCCCCCAUCCACCAUGCCAUGCCCUAGGAUAGAAGCUUCCUGUUGUUAAUUGCCCACCCAUCACCCUAAGAUGGCUUACAGCAUUAAAACGCAGUAUUAAAAACAAUUAAAAACAACAUUCAACCAUAAAAUUAAGAUGGUUCCUAAAACCAUAAACCUCAAGGGUCGAAAGGACCUUUUUGGUGGUGGCUCCCCACUUGUGCGAAGCUCUCCGCAGGAGACUUGCCUGGCACCACCUCAACAUACACAAAACAUUUCUUUUCUGCCUGACCUUUGGCUGUGAAUUCUCUGUGGCCUCCUUCCGUGGGUGGGGUGCUUUAUCCUUGCGUUUUAAAAUGAUGAACACGUUUUAGAUUUUUCUCUGUGUUUUGUCCUGGGCUGGUUUAAACGUGUGGGGGGUUUUUUAUUGCCUUAAGUCACUUUAAAACAAAAACAAAACAACCCUCAAAGUUUAAUAGGUAAUAAUAAAUAUUGAUAGCCAUGCCAGCUGCAGAGAGCAGAAGGGACUUGGGAUCCAAAAUAUCUGGUUGGGGAAGUCUGGUGUAUGUAGUGUGGCUUAGCAGGAGAGCCUCAUACUUUUACAAGACACUUGAAGUGUGAGAGAGACAAAAAUGGCAUUAAGCACCCCUGUAUGUAUGCAAACUUCUGGCAGUCUGGAUUGGGCUGUGGACCACUAGCCCCCAACACAUCCUACAGGGAUGCUUAGGAAGCCUGUGAUUCCCAUUAGCAGAGCUGCAUGAGACCCAAUUGCUUGUGUGGAGUCACUCUUGGACCGGAAUGAUGGGGCAUUGAGGUCACCCCUCCAGGAACCUGUCCCUUUUAUUUGUUCAUUUGAGAAACUGCAUUUAUUUACCACUAUAUAUCAUUUUUUUAAAAUAAAAAACACACACAAAGCAGUGUUCAACAAUAAAACCAUAAAAAGGUUAAAAACAGACAGCAGUCAACCAAUGAGGAAGGAUGUAUUUACAAUUGCCUGUGAAGUACUGGCAGAAUAGAAUAGUUUCCAGCAGGUGUUUAAAUGCCGACACAGAAGGCACCUGCUGAAUCUCUAAUGGCAGAGAGUUCCACAGGACACCAAAGGUUCGGUUUCUCGUUGUUGUCAAACAAGCAUCACCAACCCGGGGAAUGGCCAGCGAUGUUCCUGCAGAUAAUCUCAGUGAUCAAGUUGGGAUGUGAGUGUUCAGGCAGUCCCUGGUCAGGAAGGGAAUCUUCUCAAAGCAAUUUGCAAGUCCCCAUGUCACAACAGAAACUACAAUGCAGUUUAAAGAGGAGGGUGGGAAAACAUCAAAACAAAGCAAUUUAUUCAGCAACUUGCCCAUCCCACUAGUUCUGUACACUAAACAGACUUUUGCCAACCUCCAGAAGUUUGGGACUAUGGCCAGAUUCACCCCAUACAUUUAGAGGACUGUGAUAUCACUUUGAACAGUCAUGGUUUCCCCCAAAGAAUUCUGGGAAGUGUUGUUUGUUUAGGGUGCUGAGAACAGUUAGGAGGCCCCUAUUCCCCUCCCAGAGCUACAGAUCCCAGCGUGGUUUUACAAUCCCUCUUCCCCAGGAAGGCUGCCAGGGGGUCAAUCCCUGACGCCUCCAGGUAGCAGGCUGGGAGAGAUGCCUUUCUGAAAUCCUGGAGGGCAGCUGCCCAUCAGAGCAGACAGCCUAAAGGUAGAUGGACCAGUGAGUCCAACACUAAAGGCAGCUUGUAUUCAUCAUUAUCUUUUAUUAUUUGUAUGCCAACCAUCUGACUGGGUUGCCCCAGCCACUCUGGAGGCUUCCAACAAAUUGAAACAUCUCACACAGUAAAACAUCAAACAUUAAAAACCAUGAGGACUAGGAACUUACCACGAUGCUAGAUCACCUGUUGUUUCGCUGACUCGGACUAAUGUUCCGUUUCCUAGAGCAGGAUGGAGAAGGAAGGUGAAGCCCCGAUGGUGCCUUGGGAUUAAACCCUGCUUCGUGGGAGGGAAGAGUGAGGGCACUGGGGAAGGAGUGUCUGCAACUGAGGCUGCUUUUUUGCCUGGCAGGGGCCUGUAUGGCCAAGUGGACCCCCGAGAACGCUGUGAGCAGGCUGCAAGCUGAGCUGGACGGUGUGGAGGCCAAGGUGGAGGUGAGUUGCCAUGAUGGGGGGCUAGUAGUGAGGGGAAACACUCGCACUGAAGUGCAUAUGGCCGUCUGCCCCACAAAACUGUGUUGUAGGGUUGUCAGGGAGUCCAUCAGCUGGGGGCACCAGAGCCCAAUAAGCCAUGUUUUCUGCUCAGCCUCAUCCUCCCUGCUGAGUUCUGCGAGAGGAGGAGGAAACUCCUUGGGUGUUUUUGCCAUGGUGGGCAAUUCCCUUUAACCCUGAGGUCUGAGAUCGCAGAACCAUAGAACAGUGCAGGGAUCGCAGCACAGAUGGGGGUGUGUGAAGGUUUGCAAAACCAACCUCCCCUGCAGAGGUUUAUCAUUUAUUCUUUAAUUAAAUUUGUAUACCACCCUUCACCUGUUGAUCUCAGGGCGGUUUGCAACCUAAAAUUGCAAUACAGUUGUACCUUGGAUCCCGAACACCUUGCGAGUUGAACGUUUUGGCUCCUGAACGCCACAAACCCGGAAGUGAGUGUUCCGGUUUGCAAACCUUCUUUGGCACCCGAACGUCCGACAGGGCUUCCGCAGCUUCCGAUUGGCUGCAGGAGCCGCACUUUGGUUUCUGAACGUUUUGGAAGUCGAACGGACUUGCAGAACGGAUUCUGUUCGACUUCCGAGGUACCACUGUAUAAGAUUUGUGUUCGUUGUCCCACCCACUUUUGGUCCUGGCUCCACCCACCACUUGCACGCGAAGGUUUCCAAGAAGGGAACAUGGCUCUGGGCUGAACAGGGUUCCCUGUCCCUGACCUCUCUGUAUAAAUUGGGCCCCGCAGGUUUCACUUUUCCCUCUUCGCUUUACUUUCAUAAAGGGGGUCCGAGGGUCAUCUAGUCCAACCCACUUCAAGGAGGGGGCGAGAGGGGCGGAAGGCCCUCCAGAGGCUUGCUUGAAUUCUCCCAUUCCUUCCUCCCCACACCCUGUUUAUUUCCAGGAGCAGAUGGAGCAGUUUCUCUGCUGGGACCUCCCCGUGGAGACCUUUGUGGAGUCUUUCCAGCACGCCCGAAUGCUCUCCCACCUGCGCCGCACCCAGCUGGAGAAGCUCCAGAGUGCCCUCAAACUGGAGAAACUGGAGAAGGCCAAGGACAAGCCCAGCCCCGGCAGCGAGGAGCCGCCCGCCGUCUCCCCCGCCCUCCCAGUGCCAGCACCGCCUCCGCCACCGCCUUCGGCCCAAGCCCCUCCUCCAGCGCCAAACGGGCCGCCCCCCAAGGUCUUCCAGCUGCGCUUGGCGCCAGCGUUCCUCAUCCCCUCGGAGGCCGUGCUCCCCAUCCCGGUGGGGAGCGGCCCCCAAAAGUGCUGCCUGCCGGCCCUGGCCACCUCGCACCCUGCCGCUCCCUUCGUGAGCUCGCCCUUGAGCCUGAUUGGACACAUCCACCUGGCGCAGGCCCACCUGCCUCCCCAGCAGAAGAAGAAGGAGCCGCCACACCGGUAG